AUGCCCACGACCGCCCUAGACCUCAGCGUCCGACGCACUGACGCCACCCUUCCUCACGACCCCAACCCCCCUACGAUCAGCUUUCUCCCAUUGGCCAAGGCGCCUCUAAUGAUAACGAGCACCACGCCCAGCGACCAAUCCACACCCGAAGACCCACCCAUCGAUCGAUUAAAGAAAAUUCGUAUUUCCGCGCGAGUAAUAUUCCGUUCUGUGCACUUGAAGUGCUUUGUAGGCGAAUCAACUUGA